AUGCAUGAUGCAUCAAUGUCAUGUCCAGUCUACAUCAUAGACUCUUGGUGGACUUCUGAAUCGCCACCUGAGGAAGUACAUCUCCACUGCAAUGUGUCUGGGAAGCACAACGCAUCAGUCUACUGGAAGAAAGACAACAAGAUUGGCAGUCGUGAUGCAAGCUGGAAAAUAAAAGUGAAGGAGCCCCGAGAUGCUGGCAAUUUCACCUGUUGGAGCAGUUCGACCAAUGAACUUUUAAAUUACGCUACUCUGUACAUUGCUAAAAUAAAUCAAGAAGGGAGAAUAAAGCAUCAGAUUCUCAACAGUGAAGGAUCAAGCAACAGCAACUUCAAAUGUACAGCAAAUAAUUAUUCUGGGAACUUCACAUGUUCUUGGAUGAUAGCCCCCCAAAGCCAAAAUCAGAAUCUGAAGUUUGCAGUCAGAAGUCUAAAUAGUGAUAACACUUCAGGAAGUGUAACUUGUGAGGAGCCCAUAAGAGAUUUUGCUAAACCGGGAAGAUACUCCGUUUCCUGCAAGAAAGAGAAACCCUGCCUAUCUGCUGAAGAGUAUCAGCAAAUUGAACUUGGUCUAGAUGUCUUUGAUAAACAUAUAUAUGAAAAUGCCACUCUUGGGUUCUUCAUCAAAGAUAUCUGUGAGUAA